CUCCGGUAGGGUAGGGUAGGCUAGGCUAGGCUACGCUCGCCACGAUACGCGCGCCGCCUCCGCCCAAAGAUGCAGCGCCUCCCGCUCCGGCGCGCCCUGUCCGCCGCCGCGUCCGCGCCCGUACGCCGCGCCCUCUCCACGGCGUCGCGGCGCCCUCCGUGGGCGAUGGUGGAGAAGUACGUGGCGGUCGGAUCUCCCGAGCGGCGCGUAUCCCUCCGGCUCGCGGAGCCCCCGUGCGGCUCCAGGCUCAUCGCCCCCGCCCACCUCGUCGGCUACGCGCCGCGCGUGCCCGACCCCGACACGGACGAGCUGAACGCCUUCUUCGCCGGCUUCGUCAAGGCCGCGAGCGGCGACGGCCUCCUCCUCCUCACCUUCAUGGAAGUCACCGGCACGGCCCCCCUCGUCCCCGGCGGCGGUGGGUGGCGCGCGCUGACUGGCAUCAGCAUCGACCCCGACAUGACGCGGUUCGUGUGCAACCCCAUCUCCGGCGAGCUGUUCGGCCUCCCGGACAUCGACGGCACCAAGAAGACCGCGUGGUUCUCCGACAUCGGCAUCCUCACCCAAUCCGAACGCCCGCACGGGCCGCCGGACAGGUAUGCCGUCGCUUUGUUCAGGGAGGACUCGGUGGGCUACCGCGGCGGGGACGAACGGUUCGCCAUGCGCCGGUUUCUCUCACAAACGGGCAAGUGGGACAAGCUGGUGGGCUUGCCGUCCUCGCUCCCGCUCCACCGGCGUCGCAUGAACACAUCCACGCAGGAGGUGGUGGCCUUCGCCGGCCGGCUGUGGUGGGUCGACCUGAGCUGGGGCGCCCUCUCCGCCGACCCUUUCAGCGAUCGCCCGGAGCUCCGCUUCGUCGAGCUGCCGAGAGGCAGCGUGACACAGCCCAUGGAGAAGGAGCGCCGGGAGCUGCGCAGGUUCCGCCGCGUCGGCGUCAGCGAGGGGAGGCUGCGCUACGCCGAGGUGUCCCAGGAGGAGCCAUACGUGCUCAGUUCGUUCGCCCUCGACGACGACGGCGGCGGGUGGACGCUGGAGCACCGCGUGGCUCUUAGCCGGCUCUGGCCGCAUGACCAAAACCUCUGCAAGAACACGCCGCAGAUCGCAGCCAUUGACCCACUGAACGCUGGCUGCAUGCACCUCGUAGUUGGCAGGCAGGUUGUCUCCAUAGACAUGGACAAUGGGGAUUUGCUUGGGUGCACGCUGGGAGGUGGAAGUGAUCCAUCCGUGGAUACACUUACACCAUGUUUGCUCCCUCCGUGGCUUGCAUCGUGCCGGAUCCCCCGUGCAGAAACUCUUUCAAGGAACAAGGCGGAUGCGAAAAGCAAGAGUUUAUCAGACAUGUUGGUUCGUGUAGAUAGGAAGAAGAUGACUUGAGACCAAACAGCAAAUGGGUCAGCAGAUUUCUUAAAAACCAACUGAAGAGGUGUUUUAACGAAUGAGGAAGCUGAUGGAUGGUAGUUGUAGAAGUCCCGUUUCGGAAACCCAAUGGAAGUUCCAAGUGUUUUGACCUCACAGUUUAUCUACAUAUUUUUGGAGAAACAGGAACCCUUUUUUUUUUCCUUUUUUUGGGUGGAGGCUUUGCUUGUGAGCAUAUUGAGAACAUUGCAGUAGAGUGACUCAAUUCAGCCAGCAUGUCAUGACCAUCACAUAAGAAUAUACAUGCUGUGUUUGUUGCUGGACAAUAUGGUCAUCUUUGCACUUGAAAAAUAGAUCGAUGGAUGUUAAUGUAA